AUGUACGACGACCUUCUACGUCUGGAGCUGUCCGGGAAGCGUGCGGACAUUAUUGGAUUUGCGGAUGAUGUGGCGUUCACCCUUAUCGGGAGGGACCCACAGGAAAUCAGCAACCAUGCUACGAGGAACCUGGAGAGGAUCGAGCGUUGGAUGGAUGCAGUGGGUCUGAAGCUGACCCAUCAAAAGACCGGCUACAUGAUCCUCUGCACGCAUCACAACCCGCAAGUAGGUCAACUACAAGCGGGGGGACACACGAUCACUUCCACGGAAUCGCUCAAGUACCUCGACGUCGGGCUUUGCCGCAAGCAGCACUACGGCCGGCAUUUGGAGAAGGUCUGCACCAAGGCAACGCGUAUCGCAAAUGCCUUGACCGCUCUGAUGCCGAACAAAUCGAACCAGCGAGCAAUACAGCGUCAUAUCCGAGACCGGGUUAUUAAUGCCACGCGCAAGCUGUUUGACCAGUCGCAAGAGCUGAUUACCCUUAACGGUAAUGUGUUCAAGCUGAUCGUGAAAAGUUAA